AUUAAACUUAAUAAAAGACUCUGGUAGAACCUGUAGAAUUCUGUGCUGAUCCAUACUCCUGGUACAGCUCUAAUCGGCCAUAAAGAGCCCCGCUGGGAACUGGAACGUGAAGAGUUGUGAACGAUGCUGAGAGAUACGAUGAAGUCCUGGAGCGACAGCCAGUCAGAUCUCUACAGCAGUGACCAAGAAGAGGAAGAACAGAUGAUUUUUGGAGAGAAUGAAGAUGAUUUGGAAGAGAUGAUGGAUUUAAGUGACUUGCCUACCUCACUCUUUGCUUGUAGUGUUCAUGAAGCUGUGUUUGAGGUGCAGGAAGAAAAGGAAAGAUUUGAAGCACUGUUCGCUGUCUAUGACAAUCAAGUUACGUUCCAGCUGUUUAAAAGCUUCAGAAGAGUGAGGAUAAACUUCAGCAGCCCCGAGGCAGCGGCGAGGGCGCGGAUCGAGCUGCACGAGACCGACUUCAACGGCAAGAAGCUGAAGCUGUACUUUGCACAGGUCCAGGUAUCCAGUGAAAUAGGUGACAAGUCCUACCUCCUUCCUCCACAACCUGUCAAACAGUUCCUGAUAUCCCCACCUGCAUCUCCACCAGUUGGAUGGAAACAGAGCGAAGAUGCAACUCCCCUGAUAAACUAUGACUUGCUCUGUGCUGUCUCCAAGUUGGGACCAGGGGAGAAGUACGAGCUCCAUGCAGGAACAGAGUCCACUCCUAGUGUGGUUGUCCAUGUCUGUGAGAGCGAGACGGAAGAGGAGGAUGAAAUAAAGAACCCCAAGCAGAAGAUCCUGCAGACAAGGCGCCCAGAGCCACCUGCAACAAUCCUGAACGAGCCCAAAGCGUUUGAGUGUGCGCUGGAGGUGGGGGGAACUCUGCACUGUUAACUGGGUGAUGCUCCAGGCAGUCCCAACAGCCAGACACGUAACGAGCCCCUGUGCUGUGUCUCUGCUGCUGCUGUGUGUCACGUGUAGCGACAACAGGUUUUACUUGUAGUUGUCUCUCAUGUUCAAGAUUUUUGGAUGCCAAUGCUCUGAAAAGCACUUUAAUUUUAGGGACUAGUCCCCCAAGUGUAGCAAAUCCACCUGACUUGAAGUAGUGAAAAAUAGGAAGUCUGGUUGUGUUUUGUUUCUAGGGUUUGGGGUUUUUUUAGGUGUUGCUCUUUUCUUUGUACUGUACAGUGUGAUGUACCAAGUGCUGUCGUGACUGGAUUCAAGCAGGUUCCUGGUAUAGCCAUGAAGAGCUGAUCUGUACUGGUACAACAGCUUCCAGUUGAGUGUUAAACACAAGUGAAACUUACUCUUUAUGCUAAAAUCCUUUCCCAGCCAGUAAUCCUCUGAGGUCAAGCUCAGUCUUUGCUUCUCUCAGCAAUGCCAAGUGGGUGUUUCUAGUUUGACACGAGGCACAAAUACACGUAUGGAAACAGAGCCAAGUAGUUGUGCUGACCACAGAGAGAAGAACACGGGAGGAAGAGCCCCAGAGCGCUGAGGAGACACUGUGAGUCUGUGGCUGCUGCUGUCUGUGGUGGUGCCCUGAGAGGUGCAGUGGUUGGCACUGACACCUGAUGAGGGUCUGACGGUGGGUAGAGUGAAGUAUGGAUUCAGCUGUUCAAUGUCAAUGAUCCUCUCUGCAAGUACAGUGACGUUUGUUCCUCUGCAGCCCUGGAAGUGGCCUCCAUCUAGAAAUCACUUCAGUGACUGUUAUGUUACGAGUAAGUUAGGUUAGGAGGGGAAACCUCUAGGGUCAACUGUGAACUUGUGCUCCUAAACUUCUCCAGUCUAUUCUUUCAAGACAAUCAGUUGCCUGGCUUAGCCAGUUUUUAUGCAGCCUCAGCCUUUGUUUGCUGUUGCUCACUAGUACUUAUUCCUGUGUGGCAUCUUGUCUGUCUGACAGCACCAGGGAUGCACCUUCUGAAGUACAGAUUUUCAUUUUGUGCUCUUGUGUUCAGUGUUUCAGUAGGAGGAAGAUAUGCCUCGGUGUGAUGACACAUGCUCCUCUGCUUCUAUGCUGUUUUAUAACCAGCCUUUUUUAGUCUAGACAGAUUCUUCUUUUUUCUAUUUAAAGGAAUAAAAUUAUUUGUGAACAAA